AUGGACCGCUUCCAGGACGGGCACCACGUGCGGCUGCGGAGCCGCGUGCCGCGCACCUACCUCCACGCCGCCGACGACGGGGAGAGCGUCAUCCUCGGCCAGCGCCGCGCCUCCAUGAACGCGGCGUGGGCGGUGCACAUCUACCACGGCGACGACGGCCCGUACCUGCUCCUCCACAGCGCCGCUUACGGCCGCUACCUCGCCGCCACGACAACGCGGUCGCGGCUCGGCCACCGCGGCCUCCGCGCGGAGCUGUGCGACUACGACACGGCGCAGUUGGAGGCCAUGAUGUGGCGGGCCGUGGGGUCGGGCUUCGCGGACGACGUCGUCCUGCUCCGCAACGUCGGCGGCCGCUACCUCCGCGCCAACGGCAGGUACAUCCGCUGGAACGCCGGCGUCAGCGUCGACAACAGCGUGAGCUCCAUGAUGUACUGGGUCAUCGAGCCCAUCCCCGCCAGAGAGGAUAUGCCUGCCCUUCCUGCCCCUCAUCCGCAUCCCCCAUACGGAUACCUCCCCUUGGGCCUGUUCAUCCACCUGGACCUGGAGCCGGGACGGCUGAUCCGGUUCGUGCGGGCGCUCGACGACGGGCAGUACCCCGAGGACCCCAUGGGCCAAGGCUGGCGCCAGUUCUGGUUCAGGGGGAGGUCCGCGUUUCGCCUGAGGGACGACCUGGGGUUCCUCGUCGGCGCCGGCGUGUACUACCGGACCGUCGCCAUGUGCGUCCGAGCGGGCCGCUACGGGAGGCUGACCCCGCUCGUCGUCGACCUGCCCGACGGCGGCUAUGGCGACACCCUCGAGAUCAUCGUCUUCCGGGCCGGGACCCCUGCCUACAAUGAGCUGCGACACCCGGAUGUCAAUGCGGAGUAG